AUGCGUUGGCCCAGUUUUUAUCUGGGGACGUGCCGUUCAGAGUUUGCUCGUGCAGGCAAUCGCAUGUUCGGGAAACAUCGCUGCAAUCGAACAAAGUCCAUCGAACUGGCGGCGCCUGGCAUCCAUUGUCUCCGCCUUACAUUCACAGUUGCAGGAGCAACGGUCACCGUAGACAAACUUGCUGUACCUACAGACUGGUAG